AUGGACAUGGAGCUUGAGGACUACGUUAUUGCCAACGACUUUCAGCGCAAGGCAUCUAAGGCAAAUAGCGAUAAAAAGGCUCAGCAUAUCAACGAGGCCACUUCUCAAAGUAAAGAUGGUCGAGUUGCGCUCUUCCUCAAGUCUUCAGCUUACGCUAUCAAGAUCAAGGACAGUGAUCUUACUGCCUCGGAUGCUCCGCAAAUGUGCGACCUUAUCGAGCAGACCCGAACGACUGAGUACUAUGAUUUGCUCCACCAGUUUAACGGAGAGUUGAGCAAAGCACACUGGCUGUUCAUCCAGGCUCGUCGUUCUGGCCAAUCAUGUGUACAAUAUGACAGAUGGCGAUCGCGUGCUUCUGCCAAUCAAUAUGGAGAUCACUCUAUGACGGCUGACAUACGCGAAAACCUUGGCCUCGUCGUCGACGAGGAUGCAUUCGACAACUGGAAGAUCUUCUUCCGCACCAAAGACGAUAAGGAGUCUCAGCUUCCAUUAUUUCCUGAAGGCCAAACAGGUGCCCAUGGCUUGACUCAUCGGAGCCGCGUCAUUGCUGCUAUUCGUGUCUCAGCUUCUAGACUUAACAGACUCUGCGAGGGACUGGUUACUCGGAAAAGAUCGUUAAGAACUUUCCAGAGUGUUCGGCGCAUUCAAUGUGGCCAAAAGCUUAUCUGCUCUAAGUGCAGUUGUGAGGCUGCUCCUGAUAAAUCACCCUCCUUGGCCAAUGCGGACAUCUUAUUUGCAACAAGUGCCCUAUCUCUUCGGUCUGUGGACUUAUUGAGAAGAACGACAAGUGUACUACGUUUGUUGCGCCCCAUCAGCGAAUCUCUUGUGCCUCACGUGGACUUCAGGCAGAUUCUGACUUGUCAUCUCUAA